AUGGAACAAAAGCGGCGAUCUUACCCACCUUUCAACGGACCAGGUACACCAACUAAUGCAGACGAACGACUAGAUAGUGCUGGAACAGCGGUGGGUAGUCAAGAUGCAGACGAAUUUGAGAUGCAGACGGUGGAACAGAGUUUUUACGAGGACGGGCAAUCAGACAGGGACAUUGACGAAAGGGAAGAGUGGCUAUACCUCAAAGACUCUCAUAAACUUAAAAGGUUUUUUCUAAAGUUUUGGAAUGGCCCUGAAGUUCCUGAGGAUUUAUCACCAACUUUUCCCCAGCGAUGGAGCCUAACGAAGCGAUUGGAGUGCUUUCCAGACACUGGUUUUCGAAAAAGAUUUCCAAGCAAUAGCAUUCGCUUCAGUUUCUUGGCUAUCUACUGCUGUUUCUGGUGUGCUCUUAUUUACGCCUUUAUUCACUAUCACUAUGUUAUGCCACCCACGUUCUACAGGGACAAUGGAGAACGGGUUCCAAUCAGGACAAUGACAUGUCAAUCUUCCUUAUUCUGGAAGGGUAAGAACAAUGCGUGUGGAACUGGAGGUUCUCUUUGUUUACCAUUCGAUCAAGAUGAAGUUUACGUUCGCUGCCCUGCAUUAUGCGACCGUGGAGCUUGGACUUAUUCCGCCAUUAAUGUAGGAGAAGAAAGGGUUAAGUAUCGCGGCUAUCAGAUUGGCGGCGGUGAACGCAAUGAGAAGGACGAUAUACUUUCUUAUCCGUACAGGGGUGAUUCGUUUGCCUGUGGAGCAGCUGUACAUGCCGGAGCAAUCUCCCCCUUUACAGGAGGCUGUGCGCGUGUAGCCAUGAGUGGUUAUCAAAAUACGUUUCCGCCAAAAGAAGGACGCUACAACACUGGUAUGUCCGUGGGGUUCAGUUCUUUUUUUCCUUCCUCCUUCAGCUUCAAACAGCUUGCCAACGGAUACACUUCGAGAUGUUACGAUCCUCGAAUUCCUGUGCUAAUCCUCAACAUUGCAAUGAGCUUACCAGUGUUUUAUCUCUACGACGGUGUCUACGGUUAUUGGAUCCUUACUGUUGCUGGCUAUGUGACAUUAGUAUUUUUCUUGGAUCCUCCAUUGAACGUGGAUCCCUACGACAAUGAGGGGUUUUAUCGAUUGAUGAGUCUUGCAUUCCAGCGCUUUUUGCCACUCGGAUUUGUACUUUAUGUUCUUUGGAAGUGCUCUGUGCGGCGAACUCUUGAUCACGGAUCCCCAGUUACUAAAAUCCUAUGUUGGUUUCCAACAUUUUGGCUGGGGGUAAUGAACAAUAUCACAUUUGAUAGACUUCCGGUUGACAGGCUGACAAUAACUGAUCUCAAGGAACAAGCCGGAGCGCUUCUCGCGGUGGGAUCGAUCAUUACAACCAUUAUUUCAUGCGCAGUGGUCCAAGCGUAUUCACUUUGGAAAUCUGGACGCUUUAGAAAAUUUUUAUGCAUUUACCUAACACUCAUUGCGGGCCUUUUUAUCCUUGGGAUACUCCCUGGAUUGUCAUUGAGAAUCCAUCACUAUAUCCUAGGUAUACUACUAGUUCCAGGAUGUGCCACCAGAGGCACACCAGCAUAUCUCUUUCAGGGUAUUCUCAUUGGACUUGUUUUAUCGGGUGUUAGCAGAUGGGAUUUUGCGAGUAUUGUCGAAACUAGGGGUGCAUUGUUGAGAGGAGAAGCAGGCGACUCAUGGAAGCCACCACUAUUUUUUCAUUCGAAAGAGUUACCAACUUCAAUAUCAUGGAGGCUUUUGAAUGCAAGCCGAACGGAAACUGAACAACUGAACGCUUACUCUCUGCUCAUAAAUGAUAUAGAGCACUACGUUGGCAAGAAUACAACCGUAGACUUAGCGUUGCUCAUGAAGGAAGAUUCUAGUUUGGGCGAUUGGGUCAACAAAUCGAUAGUAUCAGGCGGAUCUGUUAAUCUAUAUCUCAGGGUUGCGAGGGCCUCCCAAGAGUCACCCGAAUCUCAACAUGGUGAUUACACGAAUGCUGCGGUUCUUGAAUGGCCACAGGGUAUUUUUCAUGAACCUCAGCCAGGUGUAUCGUAA